CCAACAAGUGAUCCGCACAGUAGUACAGGUGAAGACAGUGAUCAUCAGAGCAACACGGAGAGAUCGAUGACAAUGAGGCCGCUCGUCCUUCUUGCCCUGGCCGUCGUGCUCGCCGCCGGUAUCGGCGGCGCUGAGGGAGCUGGCGAGUGCAGCGUGAGGGCCUCGGCCAUGGCCCAGCAACUGGCUCCGUGCCUCCCGGCGGUGCGCAACCCGCAGUCCGCGCCGACGAGCAGCUGCUGCGUGGGUGUGCGCAACAUCAACAUGAGGAGCCCCGGUUGCGUGUGCUCCGUCAUGUCCGACGUCUUCAAACUGGCCGGACUGAAGCCUCAAGUCGCAAUCGCAAUCCCCAAGCGCUGUGGCAUUGCCGACUGCGGAGGUAACACGUUUCCUUGAUGGCCUACUUAUAAAGAUUGAACGACGUGCGUGCGUGGAAGGCUUUGUGUGGGAAUAAAAAGUCCUGCGGAUGAAUGGAAUUGGCGGCGGAUGUUACGCCAUUGGCCUGCUCUGUUUCAUCCUUAUUCAAACUUGUAACAAUGGAUGUCUUUUUAUAUAUUACUCCUUUCCAAUUUA